AAUAACAAAACAUCGGACAUAGUAUGUACCGUCACCAUCCUCUUCGAUUUUACUGAUGGCCAUCACGAUAUCAUCCCGGUUGAUGAUCUCAAUGUCUACCAACAAUUACUCUCUGGCUAUCCCUGAAGCGAAGCGUCAAACUCUCAUCUACGUCCUGGCAUCACUUUCGGCCUAUUUUCUAGUUUCUGUUGUUCUGGCUGUCAUCAUUGCAAAGUGGAAGAAGGCUCCCACCAAGACGGUUCGAUUAGUAGUACAGGCUCGACCUGUGCCAAAUCGUAACCUUUCGGCACAAGAACUUCUUCCUGCAUCACGCCUUGCGAUACCUCGUCGACAUUCAUUCUAUGGUUCACUCAAAAGUGGCCGCGUUCGCUUCUCCAUUGUUUCCAAGACGCCGACGCGCCCGCCGAGAGCUCAGAUGCGUCGUGACAGCUCGAACCAAGAUCUCUCUUGUCAAUGUCCUGCGAAUUGUCUUGGAUGCCUGGCUCAGAAUAUCGAUCGGACAAUAUCGAACGAGUCUUUCGACGUGGCAAAACGCAAGGACACUUUGGUUAGAUUCUCGCUGCAGAACUCGCUGGUGAAGUGAAGAGCUGGAUCCGGUGUAUCGCAUCUAGAACGUGACUAUAUGCGCGUGGUUACAAUGUUCUUUUCUGUUCUCAUUCAAUCCUGAGUUUUACUUUCGGUCUUGAAGCGAGAUCUGAAACGUCUUUUGAAGGGCGGUCCGUGGCGGAGAUAGGAUCGAUAGGGUCGAUAUGUACUCUGUGUAGAUGUAGAGUUUUUCCGAAACAACAGCAGCUCUACG